ACGACUUGCGAACGGUUGUCCGGUUAUUCUCUGUGUGGCGCAUAUAGUGGAAUUAUGUAGAGAGAGUGUGCUCUAAGGUAGGAUAGGCGAGUCAACUAAUCUUCACUCUUAAUCUUCUGGUCAUUUACUCACCAACACCGCUUGAUUCGCCGAGGAAUAUCUGAGAGCAGGAGCAGAUAACUCUAUCGUAUGGCCGCUAAGGCUUUACAAGGUUUGAAGAAUCUUCCAGUAUCUGAGAGGAAAAUUGACUGUAAACCAGGCUUAACAAAGCCUUUUCUGUCCAAGAUGAAUGGAAUUGCCGAAGAUAGGCCACCACAAAACCCUCUCUCCUUGGAUCAAAACCAUCCAAACGGCGCUGAUGACAUGGAGAAACCCGAGGCAGAGAGAGGAGUUAUCAUAGAAAUUGAGUAUAUCGAAUCCCAAGACUUGAACCAUGUAACCGAUGUUGACGCAGUUCUCAAGUCACUUCUGACUGGGCUAGACUCUAAGGAUUGGGUUUCGGUCUGUGAUGCUCUUAAUAGUGUUCGUCGUCUUUCAAUAUUCCACAAGGAAGAAACGCUACACAUGGUGGAGAAAGUGAUCCCGCUCGUCGUGAAGUCAUUGAAGAACCCAAGAAGUGCUGUAAGUAAAACCGCAUGUAUGACAUCCGCAGACAUCUUCAGCUCAUAUAAUGACCAGAUAAUCGAUCAAUUGGAUCCCCUGCUUACUCAACUCCUCCUUAAAUCUUCCCAAGACAAGCGGUUUGUUUGUGAGGCAGCCGAAAAAGCAUUGGUGGCGAUGACCACACAUGUUUCUCCUACCUUGCUGUUGCCAAAGCUUCAACCUUGUCUGAAGAAUAGGAAUCCCAGGAUCCGUGCAAAAGCAUCCAUGUGCUUCUCCCGAAGUGUUCCCCGGCUGGGCAUUGAAGGCAUUAGAGAAUACGGAAUUGAGAAACUGGUCCAAGCAGCCGCAUCUCAGCUUAGUGACCAACUCCCAGAGUCCCGAGAGGCUGCACGGACCGUCUUACUGGAACUUCAGUCAGUCUACACAAAAUCUGAACCAGUCGAAUCCGAGGAGGAGCAUCCAGAGGCAGCCACUUGGGAAAAUUUCUGCCAGUCGAAUCUCUCACCUCUUAGUGCACAGGCCGUGCUCCGUGUCACCAAUGUUGCUAGUGCUGCUCGAGAAGGUCCUGUUACGGGAUCAUGACGCAAGUAGCCAGUCAAAAAGAUUUUCGACGCUCUAUGGGUUUCUUUCUGUCUUUCUUUUGUGCGUGUGUAUAUGUCGAGAUGGUGAGAUAAUCUGAGCCGUUAGAUUUAUGCAAAAAAUUAGUCGGUUUAGUUGAUUUUUACAUCAAAAUCCAAUUCUUCGUUUUAAACUUGAAUCAUAAUUAGGUCUAUAUUACAAUGUCUUUUUUACUAGAUCUGUAUUUGUUUUGUUGGCUUAUACAAUAUUACAUACAUUUAAUGACAAUAGAGCUGACAACC